UGGGAAUGGGCGCAUGGGUCUUUUGCAGCUGGACAUAGUACUCCUGAUUGUACGUAUUCGUAUAGGCCACCGUCCACUAAGUUGACGGAUUGUUAAGUGCCGACUUUCUUGAAGCUGGUUUCUCACCUUGUCCAGCCAGGCGGCUGCCAGGGGCAUGCUGCUCCGAGCCUUGCUAGCGCCACAAUGCCCAGGUGUUCCUCCAAUAUCACUUUUCACUCUUGGAUGGGGCCUAGCCAGGCAACUUCAAGUCCUGUUAUUUUGUGACCACCACCCUCUGUUACCUGAACACGCAUAUCGUGGCCGUUUCCUUACAUGGGGCGAGUCGUAUUGGUCGUCCUGGUCGCAACGGCUGGUCGUAUCGGCGUGUCCUAGCUUACGUUCGAUGACUGUAUACGUUGGAGGGCUAAGUGCCGGAUGGUAGACCAAGCCUGGUAGGGCUUAGUGGCCAACAG